AUGUGGAAGUGUGCGAUUUUUCUAACAGCGGUCACCUCCGUAUGGGACCCACCGGAGGGGAUUCGGGGGGCCACUUCCCUACCUACACAACUAGUGGGGAAACUCGAACCCGGCGCACAACCUUCUUUUGUCCAGGAAGAGCUAAAAUGCUUCCAUCCCAUCAACUGGAAAUCGAUCGCGGGGACAUACAGAACCGAGGCAGGGGUUAAGGAUGCAGCUGCCUGCCAGCGGUUGUGCUCGAAGGAGGACCAGUGCACGCACUUCAAUUACCAUACGGACUCCCACAAUUGCGAACUCAAGGUCAAGAAUGGUUCAGAUGUUGUGCAGGCAGCAAACGUUAUUACUGGACCGAAAACAUGCAGUUCAAGCUGCUUCACAUUAGGGGUGGGUCACACCGCUAGGGAGUUGGCCAAGCCAGAAAAGAAGUACAGUCCGUACGAUUGCCAAAGCUGGUGUCGAGAUACGAACGGCUGCGAGUACUUUACCUUCAACGUGACCUCCAGCACCUGCUUCUUGAAAGGCGCGGAUGCUGCCGGUACAGAGCGACCGUAUCCCGGGGAUAUGAUUGGUCCAAAAGAGUUCUGUAGCGGAGGUAAUGAGGACGCCGAGAUUGAGGAGGAACCCGAGUCAGGAACGUCUGUUGACGGUGAGGGAGGUGCGGCAGCCCCCGAAGGUGAAGAAGAGCUGAAAUGCUUCCAUCCUGUCAACUGGAAAUCGAUCGCGGGGACAUACAGAACCGAGGCAGGGGUUAAGGAUGCAGCUGCCUGCCAGCGGUUGUGCUCGAAGGAGGACCAGUGCACGCACUUCAAUUACCAUACGGACUCCCACAAUUGCGAACUCAAGGUCAAGAAUGGUUCAGAUGUUGUGCAGGCAGCAAACGUUAUUACUGGACCGAAAACAUGCAGUUCAAGCUGCUUCACAUUAGGGGUGGGUCACACCGCUAGGGAGUUGGCCAAGCCAGAAAAGAAGUACAGUCCGUACGAUUGCCAAAGCUGGUGUCGAGAUACGAACGGCUGCGAGUACUUUACCUUCAACGUGACCUCCAGCACCUGCUUCUUGAAAGGCGCGGAUGCUGCCGGUACAGAGCGACCGUAUCCCGGGGAUAUGAUUGGUCCAAAAGAGUUCUGUAGCGGAGGUAAUGAGGACGCCGAGAUUGAGGAGGAACCCGAGUCAGGAACGUCUGUUGACGGUGAGGGAGGUGCGGCAGCCCCCGAAGGUGAAGAAGAGCUGAAAUGCUUCCAUCCUGUCAACUGGAAAUCGAUCGCGGGGACAUACAGAACCGAGGCAGGGGUUAAGGAUGCAGCUGCCUGCCAGCGGUUGUGCUCGAAGGAGGACCAGUGCACGCACUUCAAUUACCAUACGGACUCCCACAAUUGCGAACUCAAGGUCAAGAAUGGUUCAGAUGUUGUGCAGGCAGCAAACGUUAUUACUGGACCGAAAACAUGCAGUUCAAGCUGCUUCACAUUAGGGGUGGGUCACACCGCUAGGGAGUUGGCCAAGCCAGAAAAGAAGUACAGUCCGUACGAUUGCCAAAGCUGGUGUCGAGAUACGAACGGCUGCGAGUACUUUACCUUCAACGUGACCUCCAGCACCUGCUUCUUGAAAGGCGCGGAUGCUGCCGGUACAGAGCGACCGUAUCCCGGGGAUAUGAUUGGUCCAAAAGAGUUCUGUAGCGGAGGUAAUGAGGACGCCGAGAUUGAGGAGGAACCCGAGUCAGGAACGUCUGUUGACGGUGAGGGAGGUGCGGCAGCCCCCGAAGGUGAGGGAGGUGAGGGAGGUGAGGCAGCCCCCGAGCAGGUGGGUCCAGGAGAACAGGCACCAAUUCCCGGAUCAUCGCCUGAUGUUGGCCAUGGAGAAGAGGAUCUUCUGCCGCCAGUGCCUGAACUGGAAGAAGGUUCUGGCAGUGGGGGAUCUGAAGUUGAUAAGCCUGGUCAGAUUUUGCCGUCGCGUUAUCCAGCGGCCAUUCCUGAUACGGGUUUGUCUUCGAAACUUGUUUGCAUGCAUCCCCGCCACAGGACAACAACCGCGGAUAUUCACAAAUCCCUUACAGGCAUUCCGACACCGGAGGAUUGUCACCUCGCGUGCUGGCACGAAAACGAAUGUACGCACUUUACAUACAACCUUACCACAGGAAGAUGCGACUUGAGAGCUAACGACAGCUCUCAUGUUACUGAGGAGGCGAACCAUAUCACUGGACCCAAGACGUGCAACAGCAGUUGUUUCACCGUUGGAAAAGGCCACAGCGCACAUAAUAUAGCUCCUAUAACAGAAAAAUACAGCGCUUUUGACUGCCAGAGCUGGUGCAGACAAAACAGUAAGUGCAUGUAUUUCACCUACAACAGGGUGACGAAAAAGUGUUAUCUCAAAGGCAGUGACGCUCCCAACACUCUAAGUCCAUCUGUCAAUGAUGUGGUCGGUCCCAGGGAUUUCUGUCCUCCGUGA